ACUCUUACAAUUCAGCGGUGAUCGGGUACUUCUUGGUGCUUUAUGGUGUCGGUAGUCUGGUUGCUUGUAUCGAGGUUAAAGUACGCUGCGUAUACCCGUAUAUCGUUGUGUAUUUUAUUCGUUAUUUCAGGAUAUAUAUGAAUGACGAAGUGAAAAAAAAUAUAAGAAUAAGAAAGAAUGAUAGACAGCCGUCUCAUAUAAUGUAAACUUUUUGUCUGUCAAUUCGUUUCGUAUCAAAAUAAUACACUUAGGAAGAACAAGGGAAACAGAUAGAUUGUUGAACUUCGGGAGAUGUAUAUGAAGAUAACAAUCGUAUGUCGUUCGAUCAAGGUGAACGGACAUUAAAAAGAGUGAUAUAAAUGGAACGAGUAAUGGUUUUAUUAUAAAAACAUUAUAAAAUCAAGCUAUGUUUAUAAUUUCUUAUUUUCAUAUGUGAUCAUUGUGCUGCAUGAAUCUGGAAGAAAAUUGUGAUCAACAUACAUAUUUGUUACAAUAACAAAUUGCUAUUGAAUUAUAAAUGAAUAAUCAUUAAAGAGAAAAAUCGUGUACAUCACAACAGCUGUUCUAUCUUUCUAUGUGAUUCGUGCUUCGAUUAAAUUAAUAUACAAUUUGGACUAUAAGUUGAAGUUUUAACAUUUUUGUGUACAUGUUUAAAUCUUAAACAAUUUGAAGAUCGUUUAGUGUGAAUUUAUUUAUUUCUUUUUUUUUUUUUUUUAAUACAUUAACAAUAAAUGGAUGUUCGGCUUAAAAAGAAGAAAGAAAACUUGCAUGCAAACAGCUAAUCGAAAUUAAGUGAUCCUCGUCGGGAGUGUCGUUGGUACGUGAAUUUUUAAAAUCGCGUAUUUUUUAUUUCGUUCCGUUCUUCAUCUCUGCCCUACUCUUUCUUUCUUUCUCUUUAUUUUCUUCUUCCUUCUCUUUUUCUUCUUCGUCUUCGUUUUCUUUUUUUUUUUUUUUUUUCCUUUUCCUUUUCAUCUCCUCCUCGAUUGAUAUCCAUUAUUUUGUUAUAUUCCAUUCGUCCUUAUCUUUCAUAUUCCUUCAAAUACUCUUCGAUUGUUCGAUCAUGAGAGAAGCCGUAAUACUUACCACAUGUCUACUGGGUAUCGUGUUCGCUGGAAGUCCUAGACUACCCAGGACCUCUGCCGAUGAACGUAAUACCCGCAAUGUUAGUAACAAUGGAGGCAACAUCACUGGAAACACGAUACCGGUACCUAGCCGCAAUUCUCAACGAAAUAGAGAGCAAUACCUCUUCAAUGUUUUCGAAGUAAUAGUUUCGACGUUGGAAUCGAAAUUACAACGAAUCGAAAACUUGGAUAAGGCGGUAGAACAUUUGAUGAGAAGAGUGGAAGCUUUGGAUUCACGUGUCAAUGAUAAUAUUGAUAAAACUGAUGCUGUUAUUACGAAGUUAAGAACAUUAGAUCUAAAGCUUUUCAAUUCUCAUACAAUUGAAUUUUCUUCGACUGAAUCUGCAUUUUCUGCAAGAACGAUCGAUGAUAAAAACGACAGUGAAAUUAGAAGUGGCUCGAAAUUGCAAUCGAUUCAUCAAAAACGAGAAAAUCCAUCGUCGGAAACACUUGGCGAAAAAUUAUUAUCGCUCGAUCAAAAGGUGUCGGACAUAGAUAAUAAAUUGAUCGAUUUGAAACACCAGUUGGAUAAUAAUUUUUUACAAAAUGACGACAUAAAUGCCGAAGCCAGUGAAAAGAAGCCGGUUAGCAUGAGUGUAAUUGAGAUAACGAAAGCGAUGAGCAACGAAAUAAUAAAUCACAUCACGAUCGAGAUUGAAAAUUUAAGGCAAGCGACCAAUAAUAUGGACAGAAAAUUACAAUUCCACGUCAAUUUAGUCUCUGAUCGUUUGGGAACCAUUUAUAACAUGAUGACAGACGUGCACGAUGCAAUAUUAGUAAGAGGUACUACUAACACUCGUUCACCGUUCAACAUUACAACAACGACAACUACCGAACCACCUCCGAAACAAAGUAAAAUAGAUCGACUGGUCGAGCAAAUGUAUCCAAUGUUGACCGUUUCGGAAAAGAUGGACGAAGUUUGGAAUAUCGUAGUUGGUACGAAAAGUUCGGUGGACGAUCUUUUGCCAAAAUCUGACGAAUUACUUACGCAAACACAAAGGCAAGAAAGGGCGAUUAACGAAAUUCAUACGGAUUUAAGAUUGAAGACAAACAAGAUUAUUGAAAAUUUGGAAGGGGUUGAGAAUAGAUUGCGGAAACAGGAGGAUGAUGUCGCUAAUUUCGCUCAGCGUCCAAUUCCCGCAGAAUUGCUGCUCGAUCCUACGAUCGAUCGUCUCGUUGAAUAUGAUUCCAACAGAUACGUCGGUCUCACCGACGACAUCCCAGGAGAGACAACCGUACCACCGGUGAAUCCAACUACGAUCGUUUCAUCGGUAUCGAUGUCCAUUUCAUCCUCGACUUCGUCGAAUACCGUCUCCCUCAAUAAUAUCAAUAAUUCGACCAACGUGACCGGUUUCGCGAAUUUCUUCAACUCCACUGCCAGCCCUGGAAUAACGUCGCCCUCGAGCUCGCAACGAUCCUCGUCCAAAAAUCGUGGCGUUAUAUUUCCAAGUGUAAAAAACAAGCCAAGUCCAGCAAAUUCAACAUUUAACACAGAUGGAUUUCUUAGUUACAAGGAUGUUAAGGGUUACUCGUGCGUUGAUUUAUUAAAUGCAGGAAUGAGAGAUAGCGGUGUUUAUUACCUUCAAAUUCGCGGAACAACUUACUGGUUUCUCAAGGUUUAUUGUGAACAAGAUAUUGCUGAAGGAGGUUGGACAGUCAUUCAAAGAAGAGAUGAUUUUGGAGAGCCAAGAGAAAAUUUCAAUCGUGAUUGGGCGGAUUAUAAAAAUGGUUUUGGUGAUCCUGCUAGAGAGUUCUGGCUUGGCAAUGAAAAUAUAUAUAUGUUAACGAAUAACGAGGAUUACAUGCUCAGAGUAGAACUUGAAGAUUUUGAAGGUAACAAAAGAUAUGCGCAAUAUUCUCACUUCAAAAUCUAUUCAGAGGCGGAAUAUUACAAAUUAGAGAUUGACGGUUAUGAUGGAAAUGCCGGUGAUUCAUUGAACGAUCCUUGGUAUGGUUCAAACAAUAGUCCCUUCUCCACAUAUAACAGGGAUAAUGAUAGAUCAUCGUUGAAUUGUGCUUCCAUGUUGAAAGGUGGCUGGUGGUGGAAAUCGUGUGGACGAGGAUUAAAUGGUCUUUAUUUGAACGAUCCUCAGGAUCUAACUGCUCGACAAGGUAUUGUAUGGUUCCGUUGGAGAGGUUGGGAUUAUACUUUGAAACGUGCUACGAUGAUGAUUAAACCGAAAGGGCCAACAACAAUAACGAUAUAGAGGCUUAUAUAAAUUUUUCUAGAAGAAUUAUAAUACGUUUAUAGCGUUUCGUAUCAAUGAACACAAUUUCUUACAGUUACCAAAUAUGUAUAUUUUUAUAUACAUAGAUAUAUAUAUAAGAAUUUUAUAAUAGCAUCGGAAUGGAAUAAUGUUUCAGAGAAUUUUCAUUAUCUCUACAGAUUUUUAUCAAACGUAUUUUAAUUAUUUUAUACUUAUUUCAAUGAAAUUAUUUUUUUCGAUUCUGAGAGAUUAACAAAAAAUGCAAACAGAAUAAUUAAGCAUAAU